UAGCGAUAGUGAACUGUUUGAGCUCAGAGCGAACAGAGAACACGACCAAAUGUCCACCGCCACUGUGUUUCUAUUUCUUCUCGAUAAUUUACCUGGUUUCCAAAACUCAUUAAACUUAACACUAGCUACUUUAUUAGAUAAAGAAGAUUUAUCAUUGGAAUUUUCUCUAAUACACAAAUGCAACCCAAUUGUAGCUCAGUCCGUGCUGAACGACAUCAAAAACAAUGUCGAAGAAGAAAAAGUAUCGCACGAAAAUGUAAGUGAUAUUGUAAAACAUGAUGAUUUCAAAGAAGCUUUCGACGAAUUAUCACCUGAAGCUCUAUACAACAUAGGAACAGUGUUCGACAACACAAUGGAAGAUUCCGAAAAUAUCGAAUCAUAUGAAACUAAAAAAUAUAAUAAAACAUCUAAAAUUAAAUCAGACUAUCCGAAAUACUACAAAGAUCAGGAAGGUGAUGAUUUUGAUAUGGAUAAUGAUAUAGAUUCUGAUAUGUUUGAAAGCAAAGUAAAACUUCCCGACAGCGUGCCGUCUAUGGUCGCCAUGUUUGAAACGCUGUCAAAUGUUACCGCGCAAACUUGCGGCGGGACACUGCUGUCCCCGCGCUGGGUUAUCACUACUGCUACUUGCUUGGACUUAUUGUCCGGUAACGGGUAA